AUGUCUAAAAUUAGUACAUUAGCCGUUGCUGCAGCAUUAGUGGCCGGUGCAGCCGCCACAUCCGCGACCACCACUUUAUCCCCUUAUGACGAAAGGGUCAAUUUGAUUGAAUUGGCUGUUUACGUUUCUGAUAUUGGUGCCCAUUUAUCUGAAUAUUACGCUUUCCAGGCCUUGCACAAGACUGAAACAUACCCACCUGAAAUUGCCAAGGCAGUUUUUGCCGGUGGCGAUUUCACCACUAUGUUAACCGGUAUUUCAGGUGAUGAAGUUACCAGAAUGAUCACUGGUGUACCAUGGUACUCCACCAGAUUAAUGGGUGCUAUUUCUGAAGCACUUGCAAAUGCGGGUAUUGCAACUGCAGUACCAACUUCUACCUCAGAAACUUCUGCUACCUCCACCUCAGAAGCUUCUAGUGCCGUCACUGAGACUUCUAGCUCCUCUGCUAGUUCAGUUGAGACCAGCUCGAAGGCCACUUCCACCCAAGCUACUGUUUCAUCUGCAGAAUCUAGUUCUGUAGCAAGCUCUGCUGAAAGCUCUGUUGUAAGCUCUGCUAGUUUUGCUAACACCACAGCUCCAGUUUCUUCUACAGCUUCCGUUUCAGUCACUCCAGUAGUCCAAAAUGGUACUGACAGCACUGUCACUAAGACUCAAGCUUCUACCGUUGAAACAACCAUAACUAGUUGUUCAAAAGGUGUCUGUUCAACUUUGACUACACCAGUUUCCUCCAAAGCUCAAUCUACCGCCACUUCCGUCGCUUCAUCAGCAUCUCAUGUUAUUGACGUUACCACUAACGGUGCCCACAAGUUCAAUAACGGUGCUUUUGGUGCCGCUGCUAUUGCUGGUGUCGCUGCUUUGUUGUUAUAA